AUGUCAGCUUCCAACGCUCGAGGGCACUAUGCCAACCCACCUUUGGAGGAUGAGGACGACCUGAUCGACCCUGAUGAUGCCGAUCUCAACGACUUUGACGACCCUCUUGCGACCAACAACACCCGUCAGCCCUUGACAGGCAACAUUGGCUCCAGCUCAUCAUCGCGACCGUUGAACGAAGGUUAUCUGACCUCACGAAUCCCCGGAGAAGACCGAAGAGCUCCUCAAAAUACAAUUGAAGAGUCCGUAUGGGAUACAUUGCGUCGCGACCUGCUCGCUGUCUGGGCAAAGCUCAGAGAAGUGCUCUACCCGCGCUAUCUCCUGGGUGGUACUAUGUUCGAUAAUGAGGGGGGUCUGCGCGGCGCUUAUUCCAGCAUCCGUGGCGCUGGUCUUUCAGGGACAAGGGAAGAACUCACUGGACUGGCGAGCCGUAUGGUUGAUGCUGAGGCUCUGCUCCAGAGCAACAUGACUCCUGGUCUUCGCGACUGGGAUCUUUGGGGCCCUCUGAUCUUCUGCCUUCUUCUAAGUGUUCUCCUCAGCAUCACCGCUCGAUCUGAACAGCGUGAUGCUGUAUUCAGUGGCGUCUUUGCUAUGAUUUGGCUCGGUGAGGCUGUCGUGACGCUACAGAUCAAACUGUUGGGUGGUAACAUCUCCUUCGCCCAGAGUGUCUGCAUCAUCGGAUACACGCUUUUCCCCCUGGUUCUUGCUGCUAUGAUGUCUGCCCUCGGCCUUCACUGGAUCGCUCGCAUCCCCAUCUAUAUCGUCCUCAUCAGUUGGUCUCUGGCUGCUGGUGUCAGCAUUUUAGGUGGCAGCGGAGUUGUCAAGAACCGAGUUGCCAUUGCAGUGUACCCUCUACUUGUCUUCUAUCUCGGUCUUGGCUGUCUGUGCUUUAUCAGCUAA